AUAAAAGGAUUUCAAUUGGAUUGAAAAUGGGAGCCGCUAGCGAGCUUGCGUUUGCUGUUUUUCUCAUCUCGUUUUCCUCAGGUGCAAUCCUGGGUCGCUCGGAGACACAGGAGUGCGACUACAACUCUAGCUGGGAGAAGGAGCGAACCAACCGCAGUGGCAUCGAGCCUUGCUACGGAGACAAGGACAAGAGGCUCCAUUGCUUCGCCACCUGGAAGAACACCUCGGGAACCAUCGAGAUCGUCAAGCAGGGCUGCUGGCUGGACGAUGUCAACUGCUAUGACAGUAGUGAAUGUGUGGAGACGAAAGAGAGUCCGGACGUCUUCUUCUGCUGCUGCGAAGGCAACAUGUGUAACGAGAAGUUCUUAUACAGCCGUACACAGGCUGUCCAAAGUAAGUCAUCAUCGACCUCCAACCCGUUUACCCAGAAGCCUCAACUGUUCAACACCCUGCUGUACUCCCUGGUGCCCAUUAUGGGCAUCGCCGCCAUCGUCCUCUUCUCCUUCUGGAUGUACCGUCAUCACAAGCUGGCAUACCCGCCCGUCCUGGUGCCAACACAGGACCCACUGGGGCCACACACCCCUCCCUCUCCCAUCAUGGGGCAGAAGCCGUUGCAGUUGAUCGAGAUCAAAGCCAGGGGGCGCUUCGGCUGUGUGUGGAAGGCUCAGCUACUCAACGACUACGUGGCUGUCAAGGUCUUCCCCAUUCAGGACAAGCUGUCGUGGCAGAACGAGUAUGAGAUCUACAGCCUGAGUGGGAUGAAACACGAGAACCUGCUCCACUUCAUCGGCGUGGAGAAGAGAGACAACAACAUGGACAUAGACCUCUGGCUCAUCACAGCCUAUCACGACAACGGCUCUCUGACUGAUUACCUGAAGGCCAACGUGGUGUCGUGGAACGAGCUGUGCCACAUCUCCCAGACCUUGGCCCGUGGCCUGGCCUAUCUCCACGAGGACAUCCCCGGGCUGAAGGACGGACACAAGCCCGCCGUCGCACACAGGGACAUCAAGAGUAAGAACGUGCUUCUAAAGAACAACCUGACAGCCUGCAUAGCGGACUUCGGCCUGGCCCUGAAGUUUGAAGCUGGGAAGUCAGCAGGAGAUACCCACGGCCAGGUGGGCACGAGGCGCUACAUGGCCCCUGAGGUGCUGGAGGGGGCCAUCAACUUCCAGAGAGACUCCUUCCUGAGGAUAGACAUGUACGCCAUGGGGCUGGUGCUGUGGGAGCUGGCCGCUCGCUGCACCGCUGCAGACGGUCCUGUGGAUGAGUACACACUGCCCUUCGAGGAGGAGGUGGGACAGCACCCGUCUCUAGAGGACAUGCAGGAGGUGGUGGUCCACAAGAAGUUACGGCCAAGCCUCAGAGAGUGCUGGCAGAAACACGCGGGCAUGGUGAUGCUGUGUGAGACCAUCGAUGAGUGCUGGGAUCACGAGGCGGAGGCACGCCCGGCGGGCUGCGUGGAGCAACGCAUCAUCCAGAUGCAACGCCAGACCAACAUCAUCGCCGAGGAGAUCGUCACUGUCGUCACCAUGGUGACCAACGUGGACUUCCCGCCCAAAGAGUCCAGCCUAUGAAUGGACGGACAUUGACUGGACGUGUCAGGUGGUGGACAUGGAGCGGUUUUGAUUUGAUGUUUUCAGGUAUACAUUGUUCAAUCAGAGUGGCCCGUUCAGGAUCAUGAACUCUGGAUGAUCCUGGGUUAAACUCUGACCCCUGAUCCCCUCAGAUUGGCGUGCUGGCAUGGCGUGGUGUGUUUUAGUGCUGGGCGCUACACUACUGUCAUUUAGGAAAAUACCUGGCUGUGCCCUCCCACACUGCUUUGGUUUCUACCCACUUUAUACUAUCAUGAUGUGUUGGACUCCCAUUGCGAGCCUCAAACUGUAAAACAGAGUCCUUCAAAAGAAAAACAGCAGCCUCUUUGAGCUGGGCAAAAAAGGAUCCUUCAAAAGGACAACACUAGGUCAUAACAAACCCUGUGAGCUGGGCAAAAGGGACAUUUUCUUUUUAUAUAUACGAAGAAAACACUAGGACCUCCUAACAGACUUCUGUUCUAUUUUCUAAGCAAAAGAAGAGGAAGAGGAUGGAGUCUCCAAGAAUUACUCUCACAGCUCAGUAAAAAAAAAAGGGCAACUUGUUUUCAAAAUGCAUUUGCUGUUUUCUUUCUGUGUUAUGAUAAUGAUAAUGACAAUUGUAAUGCCAAUAAGAAACAGCUUCUGAAUGUCACGUGUACUGCUGCUGUACAUAAUAUCAAAACAAUGGUAAUCAAGUUUUAUUUUAGGGGGGGGAUCCAUUUCCAAGCAUUACUACUUCGAAAGCAAAACCAUAGACCUCCAUCAAGUCAACAAGGUAUACCUCAGUUCCAUCUUCAUUACAACACUACAACCAUAGAAAUAGAACUACUAUUGUUUCUAGUUCUAUUAAUUAUAUUUCUAUGACUACAACAAUCUCUCUGUAAACUAUUCAGAUGACAUCAUUACUUUGGUAUUAUUGAACUGUAUACUGUACAGCUGUGGCAAAUAGAAUAAUUAUCACCACAGUUUUAAAACUAGUCCGCAAAGAAAUGUAUGGCAAUACAUUUACACACGUGUUUCUGCCUUCUUGUUUUUCUUCUUUGUAUGAUUUUUUUUGUGCAUUAUUUUGUCCUUCCUUCCUUUGUUUUUAAUGAAAACA